AUGGCAGAGCGUGAUGAGCGACCCCCGGCUCUUCCACCGCGACCUACGAGCACGGUCAACACGCCUGGUCCUCAGUACGGUCCACAGUCGACGGAGCAAUGGCCGGCAUAUGAUGCUUUGCAGUCGCAGCAGACAUAUCACCAGCAGCAACCGUCGUGGUCGGGUACAUAUGAUCAGCAGUCAACCUACAACCAUGCUGCGCCGCCUCCACCUCCACCUAAACCACCAGUCUACGAGCAGACGAAUCAGCAAUACUCACAACCGGUCGCUCCGCCUGACCAAUACUCCCACCACCCACCGACACACCAUUAUGACCCUCAAGCAUCUGGCAACCCGUAUGAUCGCUACACUCCCACUCCAGGCCCAAUACAAGGAUCCGCCCACGACCCAGCUCCGGUGUCACCGAUCGAGCCUGGCUCGAACAGAUGGCAGGCCUCUCGACCGCCGGUGACAUCGUCCUUUCAGGCACCUGCACAAGCAAGCGCGCCUCCUAGCUCGAAUCACUUUUACUCAACAGCGCUCGGCCCGUAUGGCGGUCCUUCGGAUUGGGAGCACUUCGGCAAUGAGGGCGCGGGCAGUCCAGAUGCUGCUACACCUGCAUCUACCCAUGUAAAUCCGGCAGCUGACAAUGAUGUGCUUCCGCCGCUCCCGACAAGGAAGCAGUCUGUCCCCACAGUUCAACAGUCUCCUCCCAAGGUGUCAGCGAAGCCAGUACAGGCAUCUCGGCACGGAAGCGAGACCUCCUCGACCAUUGGGCAACCUGUUCGGCGGACAGACACGAUUGACGGCGUCAUCAACGCUUGGAGCGCGCCGCUAAAAUUCGGCCCGAAACCGGAUCCCAGCCUCGUGGACAACAACAGCUCAAGACCCGUAUCUCGCGACUCAGGACGCAAUGAUCCGCCACAGGAAAGAAUAGUCGAGGUCGUCAAAGAGGUCGUGAAAGUCGUAGAUCCCUACGAUGAUCUACAGCCCGAAGUCAAGGCCUCGUUAAAGCGGUAUGCCGAUAUGCUGCGCAAGGAGUCGGCGGCGGAGACGGACGAAGAGAAGUUUGCGGCGUUCGAGGCUUUCAUCAAGAAGGAGUUGAGGCUGAGGGCGAUGUUGUAUGGGAUGGACUCGCCGUUGCAGUUGAUCAAGACUCAAGAGAGGACUGCGAUACCUGCUACAGUGGUGAACACUGCUCCAGCUCUUCCGUCUGUUAUACCGCCGCCUGUGCCUUUGCCCGCCCCGGUGCCAUCAGAUGAGGCCAGGUCAGAGCCGAGAACCCCCAAUCCAGCUCCACAGUCGCAAUUCGUGCGACCGGUGCGGACAUCUUCUUUGUCAAAGGCAGAGAUCGUGGCACCGAUGCCUCCCAGCUCAGUGGCAGCCGCUGAGCCUUUGAAAAAUGUCACAGAACCUGGACCGAGUAUGAGUGGCAUGGCGUCCAUGCUCAAGGACUCACCACUACGAGAUUCACCAAGCAAAGACGACUCCUUUGUCAUGGUUGGAGCUGAUGACGCCGAACAAUACAGCCCAGGAGGCCGUCCGCGCCCAGUCAAGGUUGCAGAGGAAGCAUACAGUCCUGGUGGCAGACCAAUUGUACGUAGCAGCAAGAAGCCCACCACAGACGCCAAACACGUGCCAGAAAUCAGCAUUCCAAGUCUACCACAAACAAAAGCGAACAUAAUGUCACCAGGCGCGAAUGCUCCCAUGGUACUUGAGGAUUAUAUCAUGCCAGGCUUGCCUUCACCAGGUGCAAAUGCACCGAUGCUCGUAGAACCGCCAAGUCCAAAUCCUCCUUCAGCAUCAGCUAAUGCUCCGAUUCCUGUCGAGGGGUCAGGUGCCUUAUCGAAGCGGUCUAGUACCGGGUCGAAUCUCAAAUUCGAGCCUGCCAGACCCGUGUACACACCAUUUCGCUACAAUCCAUCAGUACAGGCACCACUUAUGCCUGCCGACAAGUCAUACUCGUCGUUACGGAAAGAUGGUGAAGCAUCUGGACGCUUGCUGAAACACGAUUCCAAGUCUUCAGCAACGCCUGGUCCAGCAACUGCAGGCUUGACACCGCCUUCGUCAUUGCAGCCACCUGCGAAGAUGCAAGACGAAGCAUUUAUUGGUUUGAUAAGACAGCAGAGUACGGCUGUGAAGAAGCAGAAGCCGAGCCUGGAUGCUGCCCCUCUCGUUGCAUCCCUUCGUCCCGGCACUCCUGCAGGGAAAGCGACGGCCUCUCCUCCAGCGACUAGUGCCGGCCGAACAGCCACACCUAUAGCCGCUGCAUUACGACCCCGUACGCCUGCGACUCACCACGCAACUCCUCCGCCACCACAGCAGACCGACCUCAAAGGCGCCAUCGCCUCAUUACGGGCGUCUCUGCCAGCCUCAGUCCCCGACGACUAUGGCCAAUCCACAAACGACAAAGUCGGCUCAGUCAAGACCCAGAUCGACGCCAUCCCAGAUCAGUUCGGCUUUAUCCACCAAACUGUGCUUGCAUGGGAUGACCGCAACCGACAAGUGCGCAAACGCCUGGACGACGAACGUAACACUCGCCAAGCCGACUCCGAGGCCCGCAUCGAUGACAUGUUUAACGAUAACGAAAUCGGCUAUGCGGACAUUGGGGAGCUGGAAGCCGAGUUCAAGCUCUCAGAAGCGCGUCUGAAAUACGAUGAGGACAAGGACGAGCUGGACUCUUUCACCCGUGACGUGUACGAGACCGUCACAGGGCGGCUACAGUCCGAGCUGGCAGAGCUCAAUGCUAUAUACACCACCGCCGUAGACCUCCUCGAUCUAGAGAGCGAACCUGCCAGCCAGUGCCUGAAGCACUCUUCCACCAGCACCAACGCGCCUCCAGAAAUGGCCCUCCUGAUGUCGCUUCUGCUCACAACCUCCACUAAGAUCGAGAUCCGCCAGCAGAAGAUCGCCGAAGCAAAAGUGGAACGCGAACGUCGCCGCAAGCGCUUGGAAUUGACAGUUUUGUACACGAAUGGGGACACGCCUGCGGUGAAGAAGCUUGAAGCUGAAUUCGCCGUUGCGGAAAGGAUGCAGGUGUUGCACGAGGCUCGCGAACGAGACAAUCGGGCUAAUAAACUGAUGGACACGUUUGAUCGGGCGACUGUGAGGGUUGGGGAUAAUCAGGCGUUGGUGGACGAGGUGCUGCCGAAGGUGAGGCACGUAAGGGAUCUGGUAAUGGCGGCAGCGAGCGACGAUCCCGAUACAAGCAAUUCUGACGUGCUGUACGGCGCCCAAGGUCUUCGUCCCACACUCACUCUUACCCAGUCCACCAUCAAUAUCCUCCUGCUCGACUCCCAAAGACUGUUGACGCUGUCGCAAGUCGCGGACAGCCAGCUCAACGACGCGGACUACGCCGUCAGCGUAGCGGAAGCCCGGGUGUCCAAUGCUGAGAGGACAGUGUAUGAGAAGCUGAAGGAGGAGAAGGAGAAGGAGGACGCGAAGAUCGUGGAAGAUACACAGGGGCGGGUUGGUGCGGUGGGGAAGGGGAUGGAGGGUGUGGCGGAGCUGUGUAGGGAGGUCGUUGGGAGGAUUGGGGAUGAUGGUGAGCAUAAGGUGAGGUUGGAGAGGGCGCUGGAAGAGGCGAGGAGGCGGAAUGAGGUGAAGGACGGCGUUGGCGGUUGA